AUGCAUCUUCAGCACUUGCAUGUGCACCGGAGAGCGGAAGGGCUCUUCGGAUUCGGCAACAUUGCCCAUGAGAUUGACGUCUCUGCCGACGCCUCGAAGCGUGAUGUCGAGAAGCGAGAACCUCAAGCAGUGAAGACCGUCUUCAAGACUAUUGAGGCGACAUUUGAAGGAGCUAUUGGUGGAUACAAGACAGUUGGCAGUGAGCCUAAACCCACAGGCUCUUCAAAGGACGACGAUGAAGAUGACGACGACGAUGAUGAUGACAAGAAGAAGGAGGCCGAGGAAAAGAAGAAGGAAGAAGCGGCUGAAAAAGAAAAGGAAGCCGAGGAAGCUAGAGAGAAGGCCCAAGAGGCCAAGGAGAAGGCUCAAGAAGAGGCCAAGAAGAAGGCCGCUCAAGAAAAGGCCGAGGAAGAGGAGGAAGAGAAGGAAAAAGAGCAAGAGAAGAAGGAACAGGAAGAGGCUGCCAAGAAAAAGGCUGCUGAAGAAGCCAAGUCUCGUAGUGAGGCCGAAAACGACACAACCGAGAAGGAGAGCUCGACCAUCAAGCCCACCAGAACUCGCGCUCAAGUCACCAGCAGCAAUGAGGCCUCAUCUAUUCCUACCGUUAUCAGUCACCCAACCGAGUCCCAGUCUAUCGAAUCCAUCCUGGCCAAGGCAACAGGCGCCGCCUCUGCUUCCACAACCAUCGAUGAGGUGGCCGACAUUUCCGGAACCUCCAGUCUCCCCAGCUCUACUUCUGUCCCUGAUGCCACCGGCACCAGCGCAGGAGCCAAGGCUGGAAUUGCCUUUGGUGUUCUAGGCGGACUUCUCGCCAUGGGAUUACUGAUCUUCUUUGUCUUUUCCAAGCGUCGCAAGCAGGCCGAGAUGGAACGACUCGAGAACGAUGAUGAGAAGCUUCAUGGCCCAAUGGUUGGUCGCGGUGGUGCUGCUCCUCCCAUGGCUGCCGUUGCUGCCGUGCGUCGAUCCAUGAGCCCUGAACCUUUUGAGCCCGACACCUCGUCCGUCCGCGCAGAUGCGCAGGCCCCUCGCGUCAGCCUCCGACCCGUCACUCAAUUCCUGCCUAACUGGAACGGUAUCGAAAACCAGAAGCGCUCAAGCAAGGGUGCUGCCUUGGCUCUUGCUGUGCCUGCUUCUACUUCUCCUUCAGCCAAUGGACCUCUGUCACCACGAACUCCCGGCGGUAGUGCCUGGGAACGCCCGUCUACAGCUCAGAGCGUUGAUCCUGCAAACCCCUUCGGUACACAGGCUGAGCGUGUCCCCUCGCCCGUUCAAGAGGAGACUGCCUCUGUCCACCGCGUUUCUCCUAGUCCACUAUCCGAAAAUUCAGCCAUCGGUGUCUCGGCCCCUGUCUCACCUCAAUCGCCCUUUGACAAUCCCGUCACUGCCACUGGAGCCGCUGUUGCUGCCGGAGUUGGAGCUGCCGCAGUCGCCCGCAAGACAUCGAUACGCAAGGAUGGCCCUCCUCAACUUGACCUGACAAUUCCUAGCGCCCCUAUGGCAGCCAUCCCUGGCAGCCCUGCCGGUACCGACUACAGCAAUACUUCUGCUACAGGUGGUGCUCCCGAGAGUCCUUCUGGUGGCGCAGCCGCUAUUGCAGCUGCUGGAGGGCCUGCUACCUCGGCUGUUCACCGUGUGCAACUCGACUUCAAACCUACUAUGGACGAUGAACUGGAACUGAAAGCUGGUGACCUUGUCCGACUCCUUCACGAAUACGAUGAUGGCUGGCCUCGCCCUGCCCAAAACGGUCCUCGACCAGGUCCUCCUGUCAAAGGUGGCCCUCCCCGUGGACCCGGGCCUAUGGGACCCAACGGCGGACGCCCUCAAUCACCCAUGGGACCCCCUGGUCGCCCUCAAAUGGGCUCUGGACCCUUCCAAGGCCUCCCUCAAGGCCGCAUGAGCCCUGGACCUCGAUCACAAUCGCCUGGCCCCCGUAAUGGACCACCAGGUGGCGGACCCAUGAGCCCUGGACCUCGCUCUCAGUCACCCGGGCCCGCUGGUGGACGUUCGCAAAGUCCCAGCGGAGUGAACCGAAGAAACAAUCCUCCUGGACCCAGCCCCAUGAAUCCUUCUCAAGGACCAACUUCCUCAGGCUCACUCAACAGAAAGCCCGUCCCUGGCCAGGCUUAUUAA